CGCUGGGCGGAGCUUGUGGAUGAUCAGGGACCUUCCACUCGUCGCGUCGGCUCUUGAGCCGGGUUGGUGCGAAGGGGGAAGUCUGUGGGCGAACUCGGGCGCACGAACAACAGCGAGCGAGCAAGACUCAAGACCCCUGUCUCUUCCGCUGUCUUGUAAAUGUCCACUAUCAGUUUCGAGUCGGAUAUUCCUCGCAAACUGACACCCCCAAACAAAGAACCACUGACAAAAUCAUCCAUGCUGACAACGCGUCUGAACUCAAUGUGCUUAUUUCAACACCAGCAAUCAUCUCCAGAUCCCUACCGACUCUACUACAGCCAGUCUGACUCUGAGAUUGGUCCAGAUAUGUACACAGCAGUCUCAACGCCUACGUGAUCUACCCCCCUCCCGCCGUCUCUUUAGCCAUCCGAGACGGGUGUCCGGGCGUUUGGCGACCCCGCUGUCAUAUUACAUGGCAGACGACGCGAACGAUAUCCCGUACUCCCACUCAACGCGUAGUUGGCGGCGCUCUCGCUGGUGGCACUGGCAUCCUCAAAAGUGGUGGAUCUUUGCUGUCGGGAUCCUUGGUGCUUUGACUUUUACGUUCUUGGCUCUCGGUGGACCGGAACGUGCGGUGCCUACACUGCAAGCAACCCCCAAGCAGAUACAUGACGUGACAUUGGAAUCCUGCUCGAGCAUAGCGAAGCCGGCCUUCGCUCCGCGAAGGGUUUAUCUGCAUGCAGGGGGGCUUCGAGGAGAGGGAAUCGGGUCUGUUCUCCAUCAUUUCAAGCAGAGCAUCGUGUUUUCGCGCCUCCUCGACGCCGAGUUUGUCCUGGCGUCCAACGUCGACUCCGACAAUAGAUACUUUACCUCUAAAAUCUACAAUGGACCAAUCCUCGAUCCGCAGAAAUACGCUUUCGAUGCCAGAAACUCCUGUCGUAUCAGAGAUUUCAUACCGGAUUCCGAGCGCGAUCGUUUUACGAGGGGGGUUUGCGAUCAUCAGCCGUGGGCCUUGGACCGUGCCCGCAAGCUUCAGCACAGUAUGUCUCGAUGCACAAGUGUAGUUGACUUCAACGAGGCGGAGAUUACUCAAGACCUGAAUGGUUGUAUCAUGGACUGGGUCAAGGAUCGGUUUCAUCCAGCAUCCAAGUUCCCAUAUGACCCGUUACCGCCUUUUCACCCACCGAAACGCCCCAUCCGAGUGGGCAUACAUAUCCGUUGGGGAGAUACUGCCAAACAAGAAGACCUGACUCCCAGCGCGCUCCUCGAACACAAGUUUUACGGCUCUUUCUCCCUACGCAAGAUGCUAAGCACAUUACGAGACAUCCGUAAGCUUGCCGGCAAGUCCGGUAUCAAGCUCACAGUGGCUAUGGAGAACGCCGACAAGCGUGUGCUUGAUCUCUUGGAGGAGAAGGACUACGUUCUGUUGGAUUCGCGGGCUGAAGAUGAUCUAGACGAUAUGCGGAAACUGAGCGAGAACGACAUCUUGCUCCUCGGCGAAUCCAGCUGGGGCGUCCUUGUCCAUUUGAUUGCACCACCCGGGCUGACACUGGUCGACGGUGGGGCGGCGCAGAAAUUCUCGAACACGACGGGUCUCGGCAGGGAUGUUAUUUAUAUGAAGGACUAUACGCCUGAAAAGCUUCGUGCGGCUCUGUUUCCCGUUCAGAAGGACUAGCAUUUGCUCUUGUUUUAAUUUUGAGUGGUCACUUUCCUGUACUUACAAGUUGUUCCUCUGGGACUGUAUCUUGGACUCAUUUGUCAGCGACUGCACCCGUCUUGCCGAAUUCUUAGACAAUGAAACUUCUACAAGUGCAUACAUUGACAUGACCGGAUCAGAUGAUAAAAUCAAGACGAAACGUGUACAACUGCGUUUCGGAUAGCGGAGAGCUGCUGGUGAGUUAUGGUACGGUGAUGAUGCAGGAGCACUGUGCAGAAUACAUCUUCGAAAAUGAGCACCGGGAUAAGCCCAUUGUCAGAGCUCUGCAAGAGUUGGAUUCGCACAAGGCCGUCGACCUCAUCUGCUGUAGAAAGAAACCCGCUUCUCUUGCGAAGACAUCCCUUCUGAGACUGCACCUGCAGAUCAUGCGCCAGCCGUUCCCGAUCGUCCCACAUCACACCGCAAGCGCAGUCGUGCAUCCAGACGAGCAGCAGAGAAACGUUCAGGACGACACCCGCCAUCAAACAAAAGAGCGCGAAUAGGAGCACAGAGAUGAUCGUUUCGGGGACCCAGGGUUCCCAGUCUCGGCUUAAUUCCCAUCUCCAUGCCAAAGGUCUGACUCGGCGACGAGACACAUAGAGCCCCAUGGGCAUCGCAAAGACAACGAUUCCCGAUUGCUGCCCUGACGGAACGCAUCCAACGACGAGGUCCGCAAUAUCGCGCGCGCUGUAGAAGACGCGGGCUGCCACAGCAUUCGAGACGUCUACGCAGAGCACCGGAGACUCCAGGGAUUGCAAGACAGCGGCGAGCUCAGAGCCGUGCCUCCUGCCAUACACAGAGGCAGGUCGGAGGGUGAGGCGGCGGAUGGGUGCAAUGUGUGCGAUGACAGGGAGGAGCGCGUAUUGGUCCACCGCGAGUUGGACGUCUCCCUCCAUGAUGUCCGAUAACGAAAUACCAUGGCGGUCAAGCAGCGCUAGUCUAGCGAAAGCGCGAAUGGAUGCCGUUGUUGCAGAGAGGGCCUGGAGAUCGGAUGUGUCUGCGUUUGAGCAAACCUGGGCGACAAGCUCUGGCGGGAGCGAGGAGAAGAGCGUCAUGGACAAGUCCAGGGUGUGUAUACAGUGCUAGGAGUGUAUGCUGCGAGCAUGAAUGGAGGACAUCCCCGAACAGCGAAGUUGAUGAGCGUCAUAGAUGAAUCCAGGAUGAGUGCUGGGGACGUGUGCUGCAAGCAUGACCGCAGGGCAUGCCACAACCAGCGAAGCUGAUAAGGAAGUGUGUUAUUUUUGAGAGGUGAUAGUGCAGAGCACUCCCGCGCGCUCACACCUAUAGUGACAUGCGGGGCGUUGAUAGAUGCUCCGGAGGUUUUCCACGGAACCCUACUCCGUGAACUCGGAGUCGCAGUCAAGUUGCCGGUCACAAAGAAGCCAAAUCUCUUGUCGUACGCGAGUGUUGAAGUGAGCGAGGCUUUUCGGGAGCAUUCAUUGCCGCUACCUUCGGUAAGGUCGGAGAUGUUGCUCGUUCUUG